CAGAUGCUCGAAAUCCAAGCAACACGCACAAAAUGCCGGAGGAACUCAGCAUUAGGACUCUUUUCCAUAGAUGGUGCCUGGCCUGCUGAGUUCCUCCAGCAUUUUGUGUGUGUGGCUUUGUUCCACCUCCUCCUGGUCUGAACUUUUCUACCCUUGAGAACAUGUUUUGACUCAUUCUCUCUGGGAAGGUUAAAAAUGACAAGGGAUUUGUUAAUGGAAAUUCAAACACAACACAGCAGUUUUUGCUGUCUCUGUCUAGAUAUUUAAGAAGUGCAACAAGGGAUUCAAUCAACCAUCCUUCCUGCUCAGACUGUGGGGAGGAAUUCACUCAGUCAUCUAACCGACUGGCACACCUGUUAUUUUACACGGGGGAGUGGCCAUUCACCUGCUCAGACAGUGGGAAUGGAUUCAGUUGGUCAUCACAACUGAAGGUACAUCAGCAAAUUCACACUGGGACAAGGCCAUUCACCUGUUCUGUGGGUGAGAAGGGAUUCAGUCGGUCAUCCCACCUGUGGACAAACCAGUCAGUUCACACUGGGCAGAGGCUGGUCAUCUGCUGAAUUUGUGGGGAAGGAUUCUCUCGGUAAUGGCUCAUCAGCGAGUUCACACCGGGGAGCGGCCGUUCACCUGCUUGGACUACGGGAAGAGAUUCACUGAAUCAUCUAAGUUGAAGGUACAUCAACGAGUUCAUACUGGGGAGAGGCCAUUCACCUGCUCAGACUGCGGAAAGGGAUUCACUCGGUCAUCUCACCUACUGCUACAUCGGUUAGUUCACACUGCAGAGAGGGAUUUCACCUGCUCAGAUUGUGGGAAGAGAUUCACUCACUCUUCCACCCUACAGAGACACCAGUCAGUUCACACCAGGGAGAGGCCGUUCACCUGCUCAGUCUGUGGGAAGAGAUUCACACAGUCAUCACACCUACAGAGACACCAGCAAGUUCACACUGGGGAGAAGCCUUUCACCUGCUCAGACUGUGGGAAGAGAUUCACACAGUCAUCCACCCUACAGAGACACCAGUCAGUUCACAGUGGGGAGUGGCCAUUCACCUGCUCAGACUGUGGGAAGGGAUUCACUCGGUCAUCUGAUCUGCUGACACACGGGCGAGUUCACACCGGGGAGAGGCCAUUCACCUGCUGUGAAUGUGGGAAGGGAUUUGCUCGGUCAUCUGAUCUACAGAUACACCAGCGAGUUCACACUGGCGAGAGGCCGUUUACCUGCUCAGUCUGUGGGAAGGGAUUCCAUAAAUCAUCCAACUUUCAUAGACACCAGCAAUUUCACACUGGGGUGAAGCAGUUCACCUGCUCAGACUGUGGGAAGGGAUUCAGUCGGUCAUCCUCACUAUUGGCACACCAGUCAGUUCACACUGGGGAGUGGCCAUUCACCUGCGCAGAAUGUGGGAAAGGAUUCACUCAGUCAUCUGAACUACUGGUACAUCAGUCAGUUCACAGUGGGGUGUGGCCGUUCACCUGCUCAGAAUGUGGGAAGGGAUUCACUCAGUCAUCCAACCUACAGAGACACCAGUCAGUUCACACUGGGGUGAAGCCGUUCACCUGCUGUGAAUGUGGGAAGGGAUUCGCUCGGUUAUCUGAUCUACAGAUACACCAGCGAGUUCACACUGGGGAGAGACCAUUCACCUGCUCAGUCUGUGGGAAGGGGUUCCAUCAAUCAUCAAACCUUCAUAGACAUCAGCGAGUUCACACUGGGGUGAAGCCGUUCACCUGCUGUGAAUGUGGGAAGGGAUUCACUCGGUCAUCCUCACUAUUAGCACACCAGCGAGUUCACAAUUCGUGGGAAGGAUUCACUCGAUCAUCUGACCUAAUGGCUCAUCAGCAAAUUCACACCGGGGAGCGGCCGUUCACUUGCUCAGACUGUGGGAAGGGAUUCACUUUCUCAUCUAAACUGAAGGUACAUCAGCGAGUUCACACUGUGGAGAGGCCAUUCACCUGCUCAGACUGUGGGAAGAGAUUCACUCAGUCAUUUGAUCUCCAGGUACAUCACCGUGUUCAUACAGGGGAGAAACCGUUCACCUGUUCUGAUUGUGGGAAGGGAUUCCAUGGACCACCUGACCUACGGAGACACCAAUCAGUUCACACUGGGGAGAGGCCGUUCACCUGCUCAGUCUGUGGGAAGACAUUCAGUCGGUCAUCCGACCCACAAAUUCACAAACGAGUUCACACUGGGGAGACGCCGUUCACCUGCUCAGACUGUGGGAAGACAUUCACUCAGUCAUGCCACCUACAGAGACACCAGCGAGUUCACAACGGGGAGAAGCCAUUCACCUGCUCAGACUGUGGGAAGAGAUUCACUCAAUCAUCCCACUACAGAGUCACCAGAGUGUUCACACUGGCGAGAGGCCGUUCGCCUGUAGUAAAUGUGGGAAAUGUGGUAAAUGUUUCACUCAGUUAUCUAACCUUGUGACACACUGCCGGGUUCACACUGGGAGAAACUUUCAAUAAACUGCAUGCUGGAUAUUUGUCCAUCACCAUUGCUGAAUGCAAUUUUGAGAUUGACUGUCAGUGCUGAACUCUGCAAUUAUUGCUGCUGCUCACCACACCCAGUACAGCACCCUGGUCACUGGGCAUGGGAGGAGUUUCUUCUGCUCCACAUUCACCUUUAAUGGGACUGGAGUUUAAUAUUCUGGAUCUGAGACAAAUAAACCACUUCUGUUUUGAAGUUUGUCAUCAGUACUUAGUGAAUUUAUAACACACCUAGUGUACAGUAGAGAGUUAACUCAGGCCAACUGAUCCUGCCAAUGAUUCAGUUCCAUGACGGUCCUUUUAAAUCUUCCCCUGUUCCCCUCUCGAUCUCUCUGUGGUGAUGAGUUCCAAACAGUCACCUCUCUGUGGGUGAAGACGUUUCCCUUGAAUUUCCUGCAGACUGAAGAAGUCGAGCUGACUGCAGUUCUGUCUGAGAUCUUCUUCACCCUUCAAAUCUCUGGGCUGAUGGAGAAUGGCAUUGGUAGUUAAUUUCCUUAUUCAUGGCUGAUUUUCACAUUAUGGGUCAUUUUCCUGCUCCUAAAAGGUUCUUAGUCUAAAGACUGAAAGCAGAAUGGGAAACCAUCAAUUGGAUGUGCAACGUAGCAGAGUUAGAAACCAGAGGCAGGUCUGCACAGGGCAAAGUUUGGGGCUCUGGACAAUGGUCGGGGUAAGAACAUAUGACGAGGAGAAGGGAAUCAGCAGUGGGACGUGGCUGCAACAGAGUGGAAACAUUUGGAAGCUGAUUGACAGAGAAAAUCUUUUGUUUGUCUGACUGAUGACACAAGCAAUACAUGUGGUGAGGUGCUCCACUGGUUCAGGAACGUGUAUGUUGGGAAUAGUUUUAUCGACUGAAGGAGCUGUUCCUGCUUGUUUAUCCUGUAAUAUUUUAUUCAGGUGGUUAUUAUGGAUUGCCCUAUCUGAAAUAAUGUUUUGAUUAUCGUAUAAUUUGUAAAAUUUUGACGCUAAAACUGGAUCAGGCUUGAAUUUAUGGUGUCUUUAUGAAGUGAUGGAGACUCUUAAAGCAAGAUUUUGUUGAAUGUUAUUUGCUAAGAUUGAGUGAAACUGCUGCAGGAUCCUGGAAUGUCUUGGAUUGUGUCUGGUUUCUCUUGGCAUUUUCUGCACUUACUACCCUGGUUGUAUUUUAUGUAUUGUUGAUUUUUUUUUAAUGUCAACCAGUUUUUCCUGUAAUUCCCUCGGAUUCUGGGUAGUUGUCCCUAACUCUGAGUCGGGCACUCGAUGUUUCUUUGUCAACACCUUGUCUGCUCAGAUCACUGGGAUGGCUUCCAUCAGGGACAUACUGAUUACACUGGUUAGCGUUUUUCCCCAGAGUGAUAAUUCAUUUUUCUGAGAUGCCCUCUCAUUUAUGUUUGCUGCUCUGUACUUCAUAUCAUAAUUACAUCUAAUAUCAUAAUGGCCAAAAAGAAUAACAGCAGAAUUAGGUCCUCUGCCUGAUCGAGUCUGCUCGGCCAUUCAAUUAUGUCUGAUCUUUUUUUGUCUUCUCCUCAACCCCAGUUCCCAGCCAUCUCCCCGUAAUCAUUGAUGCCAUGUCAAGUCAAGGAUCUAACAAUCUCUGCCUUAAAUAUAAUCAAUAACGUGGCUUCUGCAGCUGCAUGAGGCAACAAAUUCCACCGAAUUACCACCCUCUGGCUAAAGAAAUUUCUCUGCAUCACUGUUUUGAAUGGACUCCCCUCUAUCCUGAUGCUGUGCCCUCUUCCUAACUGGAAGACCAUAAUCUGUGGAUUGGUGAGAAUAUCUCCUCGCUGACGAUCAACACUGGCACUACUCAGGGGUGUGCGUUUAGCCCACUGCACUAUUCCCCGUAUGCACAUGACUGUGUGGCUAGGCAUAGCUCAAACAACAUCUACAAAUUUUCUGACGAUACAAGCAUUGUUGGUAGAAUCUCAGGUGGUGAUGCAAGGGCGUACAGGAGUGAGAUAUGCCAACUGGUGGAGUGGUGUCACAGUCAAAACCUAGCACUCAACAUCAGUAAGACGCAAGAGCUGAUUGUGAACUUGAGGAAGGGUAAGACGAAGAAACACAUGCCAAUCCUCACAGAGAGAUCAGAAGUGGAGAGAGUUAGUAUUAAUUGUUCCCUCGAAUGAUAACCUCUACACGCGAAACUCAUGCUGAUUUGCUCAUCAUUCACUGUUAUUGUUGCAAAAUAUUUCCCUACACUCCAUCUGGAAAAUUGGCUGCAAUUUCUAAUUGUGGAAAACACUCCCUCGUAUUCCAGAUAUCACUCCAGAAAUGAUUUGCUUUCUAAAUCGGCUAUCCACAUUGAGUGCAGCGCUACUCUCGACAGUGGCAGGAAGAGAACCAUCCAUCAUGUGGGAAUCUGAUCCAAGUUCUCAGCACGGGAAUGAAUGAGAAAGAUUCAAAUGUGUUGGCAAUUCAACAUAACACAAACACAUAACACUGGUUCGGGGAGGUUUUAUUACUGUCCUGGUCAAAGCCCGACUAAAAUAUUUUAUAAUCGCAGACAUUUUAUCAGCCUGUGGUGCUGUAGGCCUUUGAUCUUGUCUCCAUCUGUUUGCAUUCGGAGCUGUUGG